AUGCUGGAUUUCAAGUUUGCUGAACACGGACCAUCCUCUUCCCCUCUUCCUCCUCAAGUCAACAAGCAACCACCGACCAUGGGAGACCAACUUGCAGACAUGGAUAUUGACAUGCUCGAUACUACGCAGGACACCACUGCCGUUACAGACGCUGAAUUGGCAGCCCUUGAACAAGAACUUGCACAACACGAUGCUCCUCCUCCUCCUCCUCCUUCCGAUCCCAAUCCAACCGGCACAACAGUGGAAUCCACCUCGAACGAACCUCAAUCAGACGUCGAUUCUACUCAUCGUCCAGAAGCCAUCUUGCUCCAAGGCGUUGAUGAGAUGAAGACAAGGGAUAUUCGUGUCUACUGUCAGGAUUUACCUUUGGAUAAGAUUGAAUGGAUCAAUGAUACUUCUUGUAAUCUCGUAUUUGCCAAUGAAGAAGUAGCCAAGGAGGCAGCUGAGGCGUUGCUCGUCAAUGAUGUGAAUGAUCCACUUUCCACCACUGUCUUACGCAAAGCCAAACCAUUCACGGAUCCCAAAAGCGAAAGGACGCAUGAUUUGCACAUCCGUAUGGCCACCAAGGAAGAUGUCAAGGAAAAAGGAUCACGAGAUCGCAGUCGAUUUUACUUGUUGUAUGGCGAAGGCACUCACGAUUUCGAUGAAUUCGAUGCGUAUGAAAAGGCCAGAGAUAGGGCGAACAACAAACAAGAAGGUCAUGAGGAUGGUGAUGGUGGUGAUGAUGGCGGCAGCAAUGGGCAACAGGGUGACAUUCUAAGUCGACUUGGUGCGCGAAGGGAACGCAAGAUGCGAUCUGAUUCACAAGCAGCAGGAAAAAGUGUAUUUGAACGAUUGGGCAAACGAGAUGAAUCACGCCCUUCACGACGCCCAAGAGAUCAUCAUCGACGACGUUCAUUAUCGCCACGUGCACGACCUUCACCACGACAAGAAGAUGACACCCCAAAGGAAUUACCCGAGAGCUUAAAAGGAAGAUUAGGACCCAAACGAUCAUGA